AUGGAGAAGUUGGCUGUGCAAGAUAAACCGGCUCACAUUUACAACAUUGAUGAAAAGGGCUGCCAAAUGAUACUUCACAAAAGUCCUCUAGUUUUGGCACAAAAAGGUGUAAAGCGAGUCCACACACUAGCGUCGGAACAUGCUGAAAAUGUUACUAUUGUUUCCUGUGGAAAUGCUAUCGGUAACACCAUACCACCUAUGAUCCUCUUCAAAGGAAAGAGAUUGAAACCAGAAUGGGAAGAUAAUUUACCCCCAGGCUCUUUAGUAGCAAUGGCUCCAAAAGGCAGUAUGAACUCUGAAACCUUUGUGAAAUGGAGACAUCAUUUUGCAAAAUUCAAGACUCCAGGUCCUUGUUUAUUGAUAUUCGAUGGAGCAUCUAGUCACUUAGAUUACAAUAUUGUAGACGUUGCAAAUAAACACAACAAAGACAAAGCUCUGACAAAACAAAGAUUCGGGAGGAUAUUUACUCCAGUAUGGGACAAAGCUCUUACCCCAUGUAAUAUAAAAUCCGGAUUUGAAGCUACUGGAAUCUAUCCAUUCAACUCAGAUAGAAUUCCAGAAUGUGCUUAUGCUCCUAGCAUUCCAAAUCACUUACCAAAAGCAGAUGAACCGCAGAGCAAUUCUGAUGAAAAUAAUGCAGCAAGCAUUAUAAAUGCAGCUUCUGCACUUAAUGAUGAGAGUUUCAGUUGCGAAGAUAACGUCCCUUUAAACUUGUUUCAAAGCAAUGAACAACAAAAUGUGAUUUCAUCUUGCAUCAGAGAUGAACCAGCACCAUUGGCUUCCCUGGAAGUCAUAGAAUUAAAACCCGUGAACCCAACAGUGUUCAAUAAACCGGGGCCUUCGAAUUCUGUAUGCUCUGUUCAGCCUAUAUAUUCAACUAAUAAAGUCGUUGUUCAGCCUAUAGUUUCCUCCACGUUAUGCAAUGUUCUGAAGCUGAUAUUGUCAACAUCUUCCAGCAUAUUUAAAUGA